GAGAGACCAUCAGAUCACGGCUCCAGAUCCGCCGUACGCAUAAGCCCCAGCUGCCCUACCUGCGCACUCGCCUCCGCCUCCAUCUCCUUCGCCACCAGACCUCAAGCGCGCCACACGCCGCCGCACGGGAGCCGCGCGCCGCACCCGCCGCCGCUUCUCCUCAAAACCAGAGGUCUCCCCACGUCCCCCGAUCCAGCGUCUCCAUGGCCGCGCCGCAGCCUGUCGCCCCCGCCUCCGAGGCGCCGCCGUCUGCGCAAAUGGUGGGCAACGCGUUCGUGCAGCAGUACUACCUCGUGCUGCACCAGUCGCCGGAUCUGGUGUACCGCUUCUACCAGGAGGCCAGCCGCCUCGCUCGCCCCGCAUCCGCCGCCGGAGCCGCCGGCAUGGACUCGGUCACCACCAUGGAGGCGAUCAGCGAGAAGAUAAUGGAGAUGGACGUGUCCAAAGCGGAGAUCAGGACGGUGGACUCGCAGGAGUCUUUAGGCGGCGGCGUCGCUGUGCUCGUCACAGGUCACCUCACCGGCCGUGAUGGAGUGCGCCGCGAGUUCUCGCAAUCCUUCUUCCUCGCGCCGCAGGAGAUGGGCUACUUCGUGCUCAACGACAUCUUCCGCUUCGUCGGGGACAUCCCUGCCUCUACCGCCGUUGAGGCGCAGCCAGAGGCGGUUGCUGUAGUCCCGCCUGUGGCUGCUCCACUUGCCAACGGCACAGCUACUCCUGCUGUGGAGCCUGCCACUCCUGAUGAUCAUGGUGCCGUGCCACAGCAGGAACAUCAUGUUGUGGACCGAUCACUGCCUCAACCUGAAGAGGACGAGGCUGAGGUUUACAAUCCGCCGCAAGAGGAAGUAGUGGAUGAGGAACAGCCUGUUGCUGAAGUGAUAAAUGAAGUUCCAAACAAUGUGGCACCUGUGGUGGCAACUACAGUUGCCUCAGUGUUGCAGGAGGAGGCACCAAAGAAGUCAUACGCCUCAAUUGUCAAAAUCAUGAAAGAAGUUCCAUUGCCUGCUCCUGCGCCUCCUACUAGGCCUUCACCACCCAAACUAGAGAAGCAGUCUCCUCCUCCUGCUACUCCUGUCACAGAUGUACCGCCUUUCAGUUCUAACCCCGAGAACAUCAAUAUCCAAGAGCCUGAAGUUGAUGCACAUGCAAUAUAUGUGAGGAAUUUACCUUUAAAUGCCACUGAAACUCAACUGGAGGAUGAGUUCAAGAAGUUUGGUACCAUUAAGCAAAAUGGCAUUCAAGUCAGAAGCAAUAAGAUUCAAGGGUUCUGUUAUGGAUUCGUUGAAUUCGAGGAUUCUACUUCUGUCCAGAGUGCUAUAGAGGCUUCCCCUGUAGCAAUUGGCGGUCGUCAAUGUUACGUUGAGGAAAAGAGAGCACCUGGUUCACGAGGCUCCAGCAGAGGCGGCAGGUUCGCACCAGGCAGGGGCAACAGUUUCAGAAGUGAAGGUACCAGAGGGCGUGGUAACUACGGUGGAGGAAGGGGCUACGGGAGGGGUGAAUUUAGUUACAGGUCUGAUUACGGGGUCAGAAGUGGUGGCAGAGGUGGCUCAUUACGUGGAGCUGAUGUUGGCUACCAGAGGGUUGACCAUGCUGGAUAUGCUGGUGGUCGUGGUAGCCGCACAGCAGCUGCUGGCGCACCUUCAAAAUGAGGGGCACCAUAGCUGUUGCGCGUCUUUUGGGAGUGUUGUUCGGUGGCUCUAAGAUUAUUUUGAAGUUGGCAUAGAGGCUCAUCAAUUGGUUCAGUGCGGGAUUACAAGAGAAGCCUGGAUACAAAUUAUGAGGGUUCCUGUCCUUGAUCAUUAUUUUUGCAGGCAGCAAAAAUGGUUACUAAUUGAGUAAUUGUAGAUUAGACACCUAUUCAGAUGUAGUUCUAGUUUCGGUCGUCGACUGAUGUGCCUUGUUGUCUUUUUUGCAACGCAUCAUCUAGGUUUUUGUUACUGCUGGUAUUCAUUUAUUCUGUUGAAUUGAGGUUAAUAGCUUUUUUAGACUUGGAAUAAGUGACAGUUUAGGGAAGUUAAUAGUGGCUAGGGUAAGGAUUUAAAUGUUUCUUUGCAAUGUGUCGACGCCAAAAGAUUCUCUUAGUAUUUAUUAUACUGACAAUAUUGGUCUUUUUUUG